AUGGGAGGUAAUCUUCUAGUACAAGAAAUCGUCUACGUGUAUAGUGUCGUUUCAAUCUACCAAGUUAACUUCGUAGGCUUCCAGGCUCAGUCAGAGGACUACCCACUUGUGUACUCCCUUUAUCAAAGCAUCAACAGCUCAGCAAAUGGGCUGCUGUAUGUGGACUCAGGGAUCGAUUCAAACUUUCAGAUUUAUCAUUCCGAGACCAUCUUGGGAGCUGUGAGCAUAAGUGGCUUUGUGUCGUCAGUACAGGGAGAGAGCGUCGGGUAUCAGCAUGUGAUCGGAUCUUCCCACGACAAGACGAUCGAUGUAUCGCAAUCUCUCGCGCAGCUUCAGGCUGCUUAUGGAGUGCUGUCAUCGUUGAUGCAGGAAGUUUCUAGAACGGCAAAUUCGAAGGCGCUCAAGCAAAUCGCUUUCAUAUCUCUUCAAGCAGGAGAAAAGUACUCGCAACUGAAGAAUGCUCGAGGAGGGCCUGAAUCUUCGUUGCAGCUUGAUGCCUUAGACUCACCCAAGAUGUCAUCGGCUUUAAAACGCUCAAUCAGUGAGAGUGGAAGCAGCCUUAGUCCAGACUUGUUGGCAGAGCUGCAGGGAGUUUCAGAAGAUGUCACCGAUGUCUUUGCUGAAGCCAUUCUUUCAAUGUUUUCUUGGCAGAGCUUCGGCAUUGGUUUGACCGAUGCUAUCUCAAGGCUGGUCAACUUGUUGAAACGGGUAGAAGACUCUUCAUCCAGCCAUGACCAUCCCAUCUCUCAAGUCUUGUCAAGAAGAGACCAAGACUUUCAUCUCACACAACUAAGCGCAUCUUCCGCUUCUCAGCCCUCGUCUGAGCUCACGAUCCUUGCAGCAGACGCUCUGUUACAAUCUUGGAACUAUUCGACCCUGUCGAAUGAUGAUGUUGGAAGCUUCAGCCUCUUAUAUGGCAAGAUCUUGACUAGUUUAAUGGGGAGCACAGAUGAGACCUUGAAACUCUCCAUUGCAAAUAGUUUCCUCACUGCUUGCAAACACUUUGUGCUCAUGGUUGACUCAGAAGUACCAUGGUGGGUUUACACAAGCUUUGUCGAUGAUGUUGGAAAGCUAUGCGUUAUUGUACAACAGAGCAGUAGCCUAUCUAGUGUGAUGUUACAGAUAUUGGAUUAUUCAAAUCAGAUCAUAAGAGGCUCUUUGAAGAUGAUCGUCGAUGGCGAAGAAUCUAGACUCAUAGAAACCAGCUUUGCAAGCGUGUGGACCAAAAAGGUUCUAGCAAACGAAUUGUUCUCUCAACAUUCACGUCUUUGCAUGCUCAGUAAUGGAUGCAUUCAAACGGCCCUGAACGAAGCAUUUCUUCCUGAGCCAGCAAUGGACGUAACCAGUGCUGGCACGUUGAGCAUACAAAUCAUUCUGUGGAAAACGUUGCCAAAUGCUUUCACCGCAGUGUCAACCAAAGCAAUCGCACUCGGCCCCAUCCUACAACUGAACGCCACAACAUCCCGCUUGGAAUUGAACUACAUGUCACAUUACCGCAAGUUGAGAGACGCCUGGUCUGUCACUUUCGACAUCCAGAGCCUCACGUCAGUCCCUCGUUGUGCCUGGAUCAGUGACAUGGCUACACUCGACACUGUCGGUCUGGUUGCUGACUGCGCGACAGCUGGGAAGCUGACGUGUUGGAGCUAUGCUAGAGGGAGCAGACUAGCUGUCAUCUACGUGGGGCUCAGCACAAACAGCGGAAACCAGCAGUACAGGAACAUCAGAACAGCAAGCUUUCAAGGGGCAUACUCCCAGCAGAGCGAGGUUGCUUCAACGAUCUCAUUGCUGAUUGUGAUCACCACCUCGGUUAUCUCUUUCGUUCACUUCCUGCGGGUGGCAAUGUUUGUACGCAAAGUUUUGAAUCGAUACCUGGGUUUCAAAACGACUGAGUUUCGCAAACCAGGUGACACAUUGACAUCUUCGGUAAAUGAAUCUGUGGAAAAUUCGUUCUCUCUCAGACGGCUGUUCUUGCAUCAUCCCGUUACAACGUUGCUUUUCUUUGCGUUUCAGCCAUUCCCAGUCUACCUGCAUAGAAUUUCAGUGUUGUCUGCCUCGAUCAAUUUUCUCUUAGCAAUGAACUUUACUAUGCAAGCAAUGAGAGUCUUCGUGGAAAGUGAUUGGGCAGCGCAAGCCACCGUUAUGAGCAUCUUAGUCGUUCCUGUCUAUCUCCUUCUCCUCUUUCCAAUCUUUGCUCAACAAGAGUUCGAACAUGUAAUGUUUCGAAAGAAAGGUCGAGUUGUUCCUGAGGAUGUGCCAGACUCUCGAGAAGCAGAAGCAUCUGCCACCGAAGCGCAAACAGCAAGGAAAUCAGGUCGUCAUCAUCGAAGGAGCCGAAAAGCCAAAGGGAGAAGGUCACGAAGAAUUGACGAAGAGCUAGAGUCGGCGAUGGACGUGACCUCCCAGACCUCCGACAUCAUGUCUACUAUGUCAUCACAGAGUCCUCAGGGUCCUACCAGAGGGUCACACGACGACAGCCAACGGCAUCCGUUCAGCCCAUCAACUCUCCGCGUCUCGAUGGUCAACUGGUCUGUCAGUUCUCCCAAGACUUCUAGUCUUGUCAGUACAGGAAGUAAGCGAAUGAGCUCGAGCAUCUCGAGAACUGGAAGAGAAGGCCUCGGAAAGAAAUCGCAAGCUUUUGAGACAGAGAUCGAAGAGGAGGAGGAGGACUUGGAAGGGAUCGCCUUCAGAGUGCACGAGUCGGGAACUACUUUCCCUGUAGUCGGACAACACUUUGGGCUGCCGUACGAAGAGAUAGUUCUUCCUCCGGCUCCUCCCAGCACCCCUAGGUUGCAUGACGCGCAGCAUCAGGAUCAUGAUGGCAAUGACCAAGAGCUCUUCACGCAAAACCUGCUAUCUCGUCUAGAAUAUUUGACUUCUUCCCCGCAGAGUGCAGCACGAGGCUCCCGUAUCCCCGAGGACAUGUGGCAUGCUGGCUCUCCUGUGCAGAGUGACGUCACGUUACCGCACCAGCUGAGCUUUGCGGAGAGAGAGGAGAGGCCGACCGCGCAAGACACUUCACAGGCCAUCCCCCUAGACAUCUCCGAGCUGCAGACCGGGAUCCCAGUGACCCAUCAGGAAUCCAAGGGGGAGACGGCAUCGAGAGCCCUUACCUGGACGAGCGUCAUGUUCGUUGCUGCUCGGUGGGUGCUGUUGAACCCUUUGCUCUUCUUUCUGGCUGCUGUGGAUGCUUCAGGCGCUUUCGUACUCCGAACGAGCCCGAGCGUCAACGUCAUCUUGUUUAACGUCCUCCUGUGGUACCUUGUUGACCAGCUGAGCUUCAGCUUCGAUCCGUCGUACAACCAUGCGUGGGAGAAGGCCAUCGCCCUCAGCAUCGUUUUGUGGGUCAUCCUGCAUGCCGUGCUGCUUAUUGGAGUCUGGGCGAUGCGUGCUCGGAUUAUGAGAUCGUAG